GUCACACAGCGCAUAUUACGUCACACAGCGCAUAUAACGUCACGCAGCGCAUAUAACGUCACGCAGGACAUAUAACGUCACGCAGCGCAUAUAACGUCACGCAGGGCAUAUAACGUCACGCAGCGCAUAUAACGUCACGCAGCCCAUAUAACGUCACGCAGGGCAUAUAACGUCACGCGGGGAUAUAACGUCACGCAGCGCAUAUAACGUCACGCGGGGCAGGGGAUUAUGAGUUGUGGCUAGAGCAGUGUAACUGCCCCCUCCCCCAGUGUUACUUUAAUACCCAGGCUGAUGACGUCAUAGCCCGGCCACUCUCCACAUUCUCUGUCUGGCUGUCCCAGGCUGAUGACGUCAUUGUGUUAACUAAACAUGCCCCAUCACUUCCGGUGAGUAGCGGCAUCAGCCUGGGGGCUGGACGCGGGUGGACCAACAUGGCGGACGGAUAUUGCGCUAUACUCGGAGUGCCCGUGACGUUCCGCUCCGUGAUUGGUUCCUGAUGGGCGCCGUGACCGCGGAUCGCUCUCUGAUUGGCUCCCGAGUGGAUGGCCGCAUUGUAUGACGGGAGAGAGAAAACAUGGCUGCGGAGCCGAGUAAAGCCGAUAUUCAAACUGUGUUCAAACGGCUCCGGGCGGCCGCCACCAACAAGGUGAGAGACGGGGGGAGAGGGAGAAGGAGAGGGAGAGCGGUGUGUGACCGGCGGUGGGAGUCUGAGUCCCGGCUCACAAUGUGUCUCCAUAGCAAUGAAUGGAGAAUUGUGCUCCUACUCCCAUCACUCUCAGCCAGCAACAGCCACCACUGGACCACUACUCCCAUCAUCCUCAGCAACCAGGGAUAAUAACCCUGACUGCCCUAACACUAUAACAAUAGAACCCUGACUGCCCUAACACUAUAACACUAUAACCCUGACUGCCCUCACACUAUAACAAUAUAACCCUGACUGCCCUAACACUAUAACAAUAUAACCCUGACUGCCCUAACACUAUAACAAUAUAACCCUGACUGCCCUAACACUAUAACAAUAUAACCCUGACUGCCCUAACACUAUAACAAUAUAACCCUGACUGCCCUAACACUAUAACAAUAUAACCCUGACUGCCCUAACACUAUAACAAUAGAACCCUGACUGCCCUAACACUAUAACAAUAGAACCCUGACUGCCCUAACACUAUAACAAUAGAACCCUGACUGCCCUAACACUAUAACAAUAGAACCCUGACUGCCCUAACACUAUAACAAUAUAACCCUGACUGCCCUCACACUAUAACAAUAUAACCCUGACUGCCCUAACACUAUAACAAUAUAACCCUGACUGCCCUAACACUAUAACAAUAGAACCCUGACUGCCCUCACACUAUAACAAUAGAACCCUGACUGCCCUAACACUAUAACAAUAUAACCCUGACUGCCCUCACACUAUAACAAUAGAACCCUGACUGCCCUAACACUAUAACAAUAUAACCCUGACUGCCCUAACACUAUAACAAUAUAACCCUGACUGCCCUAACACUAUAACAAUAUAACCCUGACUGUCCUAACACUAUAACAAUAGAACCCUGACUGCCCUCACACUAUAACAAUAUAACCCUGACUGUCCUCACACUAUAACAAUAUAACCCUGACUGCCCUAACACUAUAACAAUAUAACCCUGACUGCCCUAACACUAUAACAAUAUAACCCUGACUGCCCUAACACUAUAACAAUAUAACCCUGACUGCCCUAACACUAUAACAAUAUAACCCUGACUGCCCUAACACUAUAACAAUAUAACCCUGACUGCCCUAACACUAUAACAAUAUAACCCUGACUGCCCUAACACUAUAACAAUAGAACCCUGACUGCCCUAACACUAUAACAAUAGAACCCUGACUGCCCUAACACUAUAACAAUAGAACCCUGACUGCCCUAACACUAUAACAAUAGAACCCUGACUGCCCUAACACUAUAACAAUAUAACCCUGACUGCCCUAACACUAUAACAAUAUAACCCUGACUGCCCUAACACUAUAACAAUAUAACCCUGACUGCCCUCACACUAUAACAAUAUAACCCUGACUGUCCUCACACUAUAACAAUAUAACCCUGACUGCCCUAACACUAUAACAAUAUAACCCUGACUGCCCUAACACUAUAACAACAGUAGAACCCUGACCGGCCCUAACACUAUAAACACAGUAGAACCCCUGACCGCCCUAACACUAUAACAAUAGAACCCUGACCGCCCCUUAACACUCAUAAAUAAUAGAACCUGACCGCCCUAACACCAUAUAUAAAUAAUAUAACCCCUGACUGCCCUCACACUAUAACAAUAGAACCCUGACUGCCCUAACACUAUAACAAUAUAACCCUGACUGCCCUAACACUAUAACAAUAGAACCCUGACUGCCCUAACACUAUAACAAUAGAACCCUGACUGCCCUAAAACUAUAACAAUAGAACCCUGACUGCCCUAACACUAUAACAAUAGAACCCUGACUGUCCUAACACUAUAACAAUAUAACCCUGACUGUCCUAACACUAUAACAAUAUAACCCUGACUGCCCUCACACUAUAACAAUAUAACCCUGACUGCCCUAACACUAUAACAAUAGAACCCUGACUGCCCUAACACUAUAAACAAUAGAACCCUGACUGCCCCAACACUAUAACAAAUGGGCCAAAACCCCUGGAACGUCCUCACACUAUAACAAUAUAACCUGACCGCCCUAACACUAUAUAAAUAAAUAAGAACCCCUUGACUGGCCCUAACACCAUAACAAUAUAACCCUGACUGUCCUAACACUAUAAAUAAUAGAACCCUGACCCCCACAUCAUAACAAUAUAACCCCUGACUGUCCUCACACUAUAAUAUAACCCUGACUGCCCUAACACUAUAACACUAUAACCCUGACUGCCCUCACACUAUAACAAUAUAACCCUGACUGCCCUAACACUAUAACAAUAUAACCCUGACUGCCCUAACACUAUAACAAUAUAACCCUGACUGCCCUAACACUAUAACAAUAUAACCCUGACUGCCCUAACACUAUAACAAUAUAACCCUGACUGCCCUAACACUAUAACAAUAUAACCCUGACUGCCCUAACACUAUAACAAUAUAACCCUGACUGCCCUAACACUAUAACAAUAUAACCCUGACUGCCCUAACACUAUAACAAUAUAACCCUGACUGCCCUAACACUAUAACAAUAUAACCCUGACUGCCCUAACACUAUAACAAUAUAACCCUGACUGCCCUAACACUAUAACAAUAUAACCCUGACUGCCCUAACACUAUAACAAUAUAACCCUGACUGCCCUAACACUAUAACAAUAUAACCCUGACUGCCCUAACACUAUAACAAUAGAACCCUGACUGCCCUAACACUAUAACAAUAGAACCCUGACUGCCCUAAAACUAUAACAAUAGAACCCUGACUGCCCUAAAACUAUAACAAUAUAACCCUGACUGCCCUAAAACUAUAACAAUAUAACCCUGACUGCCCUAACACUAUAACAAUAGAACCCUGACUGCCCUAACACUAUAACAAUAGAACCCUGACUGCCCUAACACUAUAACAAUAUAACCCUGACUGCCCUAACACUAUAACAAUAUAACCCUGACUGCCCUAAAACUAUAACAAUAUAACCCUGACUGCCCUAAAACUAUAACAAUAAACCCUGACUGCCCUAACACUAUAACAAUAUAACCCUGACUGCCCUAACACUAUAACAAUAUAACCCUGACUGCCCUAACACUAUAACAAUAGAACCCUGACUGCCCUAACACUAUAACAAUAGAACCCUGACUGCCCUAACACUAUAACAAUAUAACCCUGACUGCCCUAACACUAUAACAAUAGAACCCUGACUGCCCUAACACUAUAACAAUAGAACCCUGACUGCCCUAACACUAUAACAAUAGAACCCUGACUGCCCUCACACUAUAACAAUAUAACCCUGACUGCCCUAACACUAUAACAAUAUAACCCUGACUGCCCUAACACUAUAACAAUAGAACCCUGACUGCCCUAACACUAUAACAAUAGAACCCUGACUGCCCCACAUCAUAAACAAUAGAACCUGACUGCCCCUCACACCAUAACAAUAUAACCCGACCGCCCCAAACCAUACCAAUAGAACCCCUGACUGCCCCAACACUAUAAAUGAAUAUAACCUGACCGCCCUAACACCAGCAACAAUAUAACCUGACUGCCCCACACUAUAACAAUAGAACCCUUGACUGUCCUAACAUCAAACAAUAUAACCCCACCGCUCCAACACUAUAACAAUAUAACCCUGACCACCCUAACACUAUAACAAUAGAACCUGACUGCCCUCACACUCAUAACAAUAUAACCCUGACUGCCCUUAACACUAUAACAAUAUAAAUCCCCUUGACUGCCCUAACACUAUAACAAUAUAAAUCCUUGAUCAAGUCUCCUUAAACUAUAAAUAAUAUAACCCUUGACUGCCCUACCAUAACAAUAUAACCCCUGACUACCCUAACACUAUAACAAUAUAUAACCCUGACUGCCCUAACACCAUAACAAUAUAACCCUGACUGCCCUAACACUAUAACAAUAUAACCCUGACUGCCCUAACACUAUAACAAUAUAACCCUGACUGCCCUAACACUAUAACAAUAUAACCCUGACUGCCCUAACACUAUAACAAUAGAACCCUGACUGCCCUAACACUAUAACAAUAUAACCCUGACUGCCCUAACACUAUAACAAUAUAACCCUGACUGCCCUAACACUAUAACAAUAGAACCCUGACUGCCCUAACACUAUAACAAUAGAACCCUGACUGCCCUAACACUAUAACAAUAGAACCCUGACUGCCCUAACACUAUAACAAUAUAACCCUGACUGCCCUAACACUAUAACAAUAUAACCCUGACUGCCCUAACACUAUAACAAUAUAACCCUGACUGCCCUAACACUAUAACAAUAGAACCCUGACUGCCCUAACACUAUAACAAUAGAACCCUGACUGCCCUAACACUAUAACAAUAGAACCCUGACUGCCCUAACACUAUAACAAUAUAACCCUGACUGCCCUCACACUAUAACAAUAGAACCCUGACUGCCCUCACACUAUAACAAUAGAACCCUGACUGCCCUCACACUAUAACAAUAGAACCCUGACUGCCCUCACACUAUAACAAUAGAACCCUGACUGCCCUAACACUAUAACAAUAGAACCCUGACUGCCCUAACACUAUAACAAUAGAACCCUGACUGCCCUAACACUAUAACAAUAGAACCCUGACUGCCCUAACACUAUAACAAUAGAACCCUGACUGCCCUAACACUAUAACAAUAUAACCCUGACUGCCCUCACACUAUAACAAUAGAACCCCGACUGCCCUCACACUAUAACAAUAGAACCCUGACUGCCCUCACACUAUAACAAUAGAACCCUGACUGCCCUAACACUAUAACCCUGACUUUCCUAACACUAUAACAAUAGAACCCUGACUGCCCUCAAACUUUAGCAAUGUAAACCCGGCUGCUCUCUAGCAAUGUUAACCUAGCUGGCCUAUAACAGCUGAUGUUUUGUUUGCCACAGAUGUUAAACUUAUUCAAUAACCUUUCUGAUGCAAAAUACUUGACUGGGAAUGCUGGGUCAUGUAGCUUACAAAAGAUGGAGUUUUAAUUACCCAAUAGGGUAUCCUAGGUAAUAUAGUCCCUAAGAGCUACAGUGCCAAUGGUUAGUUUUUACACCAUUUUAUGUACUUAAUGAUGUUGGGACCCAACUUGACUUUUUUCUUUUUUUUUUCUUAUAUCAGAAAGGUCAGUUUUUCAUGGUAUAAAAGAUGUAGCCAUCAGUCCUAAAUUGUGAAUGGAUAAUGUGCACUAAAGCAUGUGAGGACAAUUAUAGUGCUGGACCAGAACUGUUUUGAUGGAUGAGAAGGGAGGAAAGAUGAUAUUGCUAUGGAGUGCAGAAAAAACGUAUUAACACAAUUAGACAAGUGGGAUUGAUUAUGGGUAGGUUUGGAUUGAAUAUUCACAGAAAUAGUGACAUCUGGAAGGAGACCGUAAAAGUGGUGCUGGUUUGGAAGUGGGAGAUUAGGUAGGUAAAUUAUAUUAGUACAAGGAAGGGACCUUCAGGAGAGCGCAUCAGAGUCUUGUAGGGGAAGUUGAGCAUGCUCUUUAGUUGCAGUGAUGGAGAGCAGGAGAACUGCCUAGAAGUGGCUUAUUUUAGUCUUGCCUUUUGGCUAGUUAUUGGCUGACAUGCUAUGCUGUGCCAGAUGAAGUGAGGGGCUAUUUUAACUUAAUAUAUUUUUACAUCUAUACAUUUGAUGGCAAUCAUGAUAGCUUAAUGCAUAGAAGGAAUGUAACAGAAGUUGUAUCCAUGAGAAGUACUCUUUAAAUAUGUGAAAUUAUGGGUAACUUACAUUAUUAAUGUGUAUAUAAAAAGGUUUUCUAGUAACCCUGAUUAUACUAUUAUACCAGGACUCAAUAUUGCCACUAGUCAUCUCCAUCAUCUAAGAUGGGAAAUAACGUGUUUAAUGUCCCUCUGAAAGGGCAGUCUGUUAUUGCUUCUUCAGCUUAUGUUUGUAGAAUUAAGAAAUAGAUGUGCCCCCUGUUGUGGCUACUCAGCCAGUCAUAUAUAUUUUGGAAAAAGGGAACAAAAACGGCUGUCAGAUCAGCCCCCUAGUCCUUGUAUCGUUUAUAAAACGAUUAAAGUUACAUUAAGGCAGUGUUCUUCCCUAAUUAACUGUUCAGCCCCAAGGUAGGGAAUCCCACCAGAGAAACGUCACUGUAAUUCCAGCAUGCCAGCCUGGCAUUUCAUUUUUAUUUAUUUUUUUAAUUAUUUUAGAUGACUGGGUUUUUUUUUUCUCAUAUCAAAACUGUCUGUACUAAUUAUCACAAUCACUCCCAUCCACCAUGCAGAACAAACUAGGUCUUUGUGUUCUUGAGCAUUGAUAGAUGAAUGGCUCCAUGGAAAAGUCAUACUUUAGAGGGAAGCUGCCCAUCCUUGCAAAGCGACCAGAAUAAGACGGCAAGUUAGCACUUAAACCCUUUCCCAUCCACCAGCUCAAUGAGAAAUGUUACUUCCUCAUUAUCUGUCCAAAUAUCACGACCAGGAGAGCAUGUAUCCUGUGUUCACAUUAUGCAAAGAUAAGAUCUCAGCAUUGGGUGUUUGUAGAAUUCAGUUUUGCUGAAUUAUUGCAGAUUCUCUUUGAUGCCAAAUUCCUGUUCACAUAUUUGGACAAAUAAUGGUGAAGCAGAAUUAGUCAUCCUGCCGAGGAUAUGGAAGCUUACGCUGUUAAAACAUGUUUUGACAUGGUAUUGCACAAAUAGCGCAUAGAGUGCGCUAUUGUGGUGAUGGUGCUUAAUUUGUCUUUAAUACACAGUGUUCUUGUGGAAAGGGUUAAGAAUUACUGAAUAAUCCCUGUGCUUUUGCAUUGCUAGCAGGUGCAUAAUGAACACAGCUCUCUACACACACACUAAAAUAAAAUUCACAUUGAGGUUUAUUGAGCCAAUAACUGCUUGCCACGUAGAGUGAUGACAGGACUUAACACUAUCGUUGGUAAUCAGUGUUGUGUGACUGUUUAAAGAUGGGUUGAGAUAAUGUGAGAGUUUCCAUUGUAAGUGUGAUUUCUGUCUGUGCUAUGUUCACUGUACACUGAUUCUCUCUUUUUUCAGUCCUGCUUUGACUGUGGUGCCAAGAACCCCAGCUGGGCCAGCAUUCCUUAUGGCGUGUUCCUAUGCAUUGACUGCUCGGGGAUUCACCGCUCUCUGGGGGUUCAUCUCAGCUUUAUUAGGUGAGUGUGGGAUACAUUUUUCGGUUUUCUGCUGCUCUCUACGUGCAAUUGUUCCAAGGAAGUAAUCAUUAUUCUGUUGUCUUUCAAACCAGGUCCACUGAGCUAGAUUCCAAUUGGAGUUGGUUUCAGCUGAGGUGUAUGCAAGUGGGAGGCAAUGCUAAUGCAGUAAGUAAUGGUUUUAUGGACUUUCUCUAUAUAACCACUCAGAUAUGGUUUUAUUUUCAUUUUAUUUUUUUUAUAACUUUUAUAUAUUCUUUACGUUACUCAGAACGCCUUUUUCCACCAACACGGCUGUACCACCAGUGACGCCAAUGCCAAGUACAACAGCCGCAGUGCCCAGAUGUACCGGGAGAAGAUUAGGCAGCUGGCUAGUUCUGCCAUGGCUCGGCAUGGCACUGAUGUGAGUUCCCUUGCCCUUGGAAGGAAAUCAAAUAUUUUGAAUCAUGAGGAAGAGUGGUUAGAAUUGACAUUCAUGUUUAGACUUACUGGGGACGAAUUGUAUGGACUGUAUCGGAUAGGGUUCAGGUAGAGUGUGAAAAGGAAUCUGCACUACACACGUGGCCUAUUAGUGACUUAAUGAAUCUAAAGUGGAGGAUUUAUAGCUGGGAAGAAAGUUGAUCCCAAUGUAAGCCAUACAUUGGAAUAUAAAUGAUCCUUCGUCUAUACAUUUAGGGUGGGAUCCACCAAGAUUGAGGGAGUGGGUGAACUAAGCAUGAUCCAACUCUAUGCUUCUUUCAUGUUGGGGAUUAUUUUAUUAAUUUGAAAGUCUGUGAAAAGGUUCAGGUUGUGAGAUUCCCUGAAGAUCCAAUAAGAUCUUCAGGGAAUCUCUUUGGUUUGAUUUCUUUGGGUUAUUUUAACACAAUUCUCUCUUUAUCGCUCUCUCUAGCUGUGGAUAGAGGGGAUGAACUGCUCUGUUUCCCAAUCACCAGAGAAGAAAGAUUCUGACUUCUUUGCAGAGUUGACUCAGGUAUUCCUUGUCCGCUUUUAUUCUAUUAACUUUGUAUUUGUGGCAAUAACUGACCAGUCUAAACCAAUCUCUUCUUCACAGCCUAGCUCCUGGGAUGUAGCACCAGCCAUAGAACAAGUCACAGAGGCAGCUUCUCCUGAGACAAAAUCUACCAGCGUCUCUGAGAGCAGCGAAUCCACACGUAAGAUCCCGGCUUCAACUGACAAUGAGAAUCCUCUGUGUAUUAAAGUACAUCAAAAUAAAUAAGCACACUCACAACAUGCAGGCUUCUCAAAAAUGUUAUCUCAAAUGAAGAAAUUGUACAGGGAUAUGGUCACUUUUCCUACUCCAUCAAUGCUUUAAAGAACACCAAGAUUGUUCUAUUCUAGCCUAGUUAUAGGCAUACACAUAAAAAUAUUAAUCCACAUACUUACAAUGGACCAUAGUUCUCGCUACAGAAAGGAUCAUGCUAAAUACUAGAACAACUGCAUCUUUACACAGAUUCUGGUGCAGAGAGUACCCUCUACCCAGUCUCACUGAUAACUACAGUUAUUUGUAAAACUCACUGCAACUAUAGACCACCACUCAGGCUGUUGUAAUGGAAAAGAGAAUUUUACAUUCUGAGAUGUCAAUUUUCUACAACUUCUACGUACAGAGUGCACAUGCGCAAUUUGAAAUAGGAUUAAGACCUAAGCCAUGCUUUGUGUCUGUGACACACCUUUUAGUCCUGAGCUGACCAUUACAUCAAACUCUGCCAACAUCUUAACAUCACCUGGUUCACUAAACAGAGAAGGCUAUUGCUAAACUAAUAUCCGCGUCCGUAUGGCUGCUCUCUGUGUACAGUGUAGUGAGUGGAACUGCCCUCCGGGGAUAUUUAAUGCAGCGGUUUAUGGGACAACCUCACACCCCAUAACUAAAUCGGUAUUUUACAGGACACUUCCAAGUUAUAUAUUAUUUUGUUUUCUCCACCUUAUCUUUUGCUCACAGAUCCAGAGACUGGUCCCAAUGUUGACAUUCUCAGCACGUCCCCUAAAAUAACAGUUGGUGAGUUAAAUUGGAUUUCUCUUCUCCCCCAUUGUGAUAUUUUUUUAUUUUAUUUUUUCUUGUGUGUUUUGUUUCUGCACUAUUUUCAUGUUUUAACUUUAGGUUCAUGGUUAGGUUCAUACCUGUUUUACUUGUUCCUCCACAAAUCUGUCAGUUUUUCCAACCUUGUGCUGGUGAUAAGAGAAUCAGAUUUUGGUAGUGCAUACAUUUUUAUAUUUUUAGUUUGCUUUAAUUAUAUAUGUGUGUAUAUAUAUAUUGUUGUUGUUUUUUUUGGGGGGAGUGAAGUUUAUGACACUGCUAUAGUUGUGCUAAAAUCUCAGAUGUAAUCUGUAGUUUGAAACCUCACAACUUUUGAAACUAAAUAUCCAUAGAUAGUAUACAGGCUGUUUUCAUGUUACAUUUAUAAUGCUAGUAUAGAAAAAUAUGUUCCUGGAAAAGGGACUAAACACAUGAAUGUGUCUGCAAUGUAUGCACUAAAUGCCUCUCCUCACAACUGAACACCUUGUUCUUCUCUGUUACUUAGACCGGGCUAUGUGCCUUUCAGUUCAGGAGCUGACACUGGGUACAGGUGACCAGAUGGUGACUGGCUGGCACUGGCUGCUGUGUGCUUGGCAUGUCAUGCACUGUGUAUUUUGCAGAUUAAAUUGUCUGAGCUUAGCGUUCCCACUGAAUUAUUUUCUCUGUGUAUUGGGAUCCCUAUCUAAGGGACACUGGGUUUGCCUCCAGGAUCGCUAACCCUGAAUGGCCCCUGACAUUUAGACAGUGAAUCCCAUGCUGUGCGCUGGGGAGCUGCCAGUUACUAACACUUUAUGGAUGUGCACAAUUGCGCGCACUCGCUCACAGAAAUUUCUUCCUUCCUCUAGAAGUGAAACCUACUCUCAUUGGCAAAAAGAAACCAGCCACAGUUAAGAAAGGGGUGAGUAUUUUUCUGCAUACUUGCUAAGCUGCCUUAGAUAUAAUUGUGCCAUCUGAGACAGUUUUCUUGGCUUUACCCUCCAGCUUGGGGCUAAGAAAGGCCUGGGUGCCCAGAAGGUCAGCAGCCAGAGCUUUAAUGAGAUCGAGCGGAAAGCACAGGUGGCAGAAAAACUCAGAGAGCAGCAAGCGGCUGAGCUAAGGAAAGAAGUGGAGGAGUCGCUGUGAGUGUCACUUACCCUGUAUAUGCGUGACCGGCGCUAUAUCGACCAUGCUUCUUUCUAAGAUCUGAUUAUCUAAUGGCAGUCUGUCAGCUGGUGCUGGGCAACACUUCCCAUAAUCCUCAGGGAAGAAAAAUAGACAUUCUAGAUCAUGGUGUCUUACCUCUUCCAAGCCUGAGAAAUAAAAUACAAAUGGGCUUGUAUCAUUGAGCCAUAACUGGAUUUAGCUGCUCCUCCUGUUAAGAUUUUUUUUGUAUUGGUGCUACCAGAUCAUUUCUUCCAACCUUAUUUUAGAUAGGAUCCAUGAUGUCCUAUAUUUGACAUUUAGUGAGGUCCCGAACGGUUCGCCGCAGACUCCUCAUUGAGUAAACUUUGACCCUGUACCUCACAGUCAGCAGACACAUUCCAGCCAAUCAGCAGCAGACCCUCCCUCCCACCUCCUGGACAGCUCACUAAGAAUGCAGCUUCACAAUGGAUGCUGUCCAGGAGGUGGAAGGGUCUGGGAGGGAGGGUCUGCUGCUGAUUGGCUGGAAUGUGUCUGCUGACUGUGAGAUACAGGGUCAAAGUUUACUCAAUGAUGAGUCCGCGGCGAACCGUUCGGGACAUCACUAUUGACAUUAUAUUGCUGUAUUGCAACAUUAUAACUUAAAUAUACAUUUACACAUAAUUGCUCAACCACUAAUUCAAUUUCAGUCAUUUUUUUUUUUUUCUACAAAUUUGUUUUAGUGCAUUUGCAUUUUAGUUUGGGGAAAACAGAUUAAAUUUAAAAAAAAAUUCUCAACUACCAGCCAGGCCUUGGGUUACUUGUCACUGCCUUCCUGGAGGGUCCAUGGCACACAUUUAGCAGGAAUUAUUUCUACAUUGUCAUGUGUUGGUGACAAACGGAAAUUUUGAGACCUUUUAAACUAAAAUAUUCCUUGUGUUCCCUUGCAGCAGGCUAUGAACUCGGUCUAUCCCCCAUAGUACUUUGCUUUAUGAAUGGAGGGCACGGAUGCUCUGCUAAAGAUAUAUUUUAAAGCCGAUUAACUGUUGACAGAUCCAUAUUUGUAUGUUGCUAUAUGUCCAGUACACAUUUAUAGUUUACAUCCCAGCACUGCAAGCAUUGUACGUUGUCUUUACUAUGAGUUUCCUUUUAGUGUCUCCUCAAUGAGGCUGGCGUACCAAGAACUGGAGAUUGACCGGAAAAAGGAGGAGAAAAAGCUGCAGAAUUUAGAAGGAAAGAAACGAGAGCAGGCGGAACGACUUGGCAUGGGCCUGGCUGCACGCAGGUAUAUUGUGAACGUACUACGUGUAUUUUUAGAUCCAUUCAUGGUCGUUUAUGAAGAACAAUUCUGGAGCAAAAAUCAUUCCAUUGGGUUUUUAAGCAGAUUUCUCCACUUGCUAAACUUUGCCGCACAACUGCUCUUUAUUCAUAAGCUCAUAGUGUUUUGUUUUUUUUGUUUUUGUGUAACAGUUGUUGAAGGCUUUGAUAAACAAGCAGUUGCGUGCACAAUUUUGCAAAUCAUUAUCAUUUUAUUUUUUUUAUUUUUUUCUCCUCGUAGCUCCAUUUCACACUCUGUCCUCUCUGAGAUGCAUGUGAUUGAACAAGAGACUCCUGUUGCUACAAAGUCUUCACGCUCCCAGCUUGACCUGUUAGAUGAUGUCAGCUUCACCUCUGGACCCCCUAAGUAUGUAUAGCUAUCACAGAGCUUAAGAAUGUCACAUGUAUGAACCAGCAAUUUUUGUUUGAUUUGUGUGUCCACCUUCCUUCCAGUCAUUGCUCCCCUUCUUCACUGUCCCCAUUAUUCAUAGGAUUUUGUGUUUUUUCUAUCCUUGCCAGGGGGUGGGGACCUUGUACCUGGUGCCUAGUGUAAGUCACAUAGAACAUGAAUUGCAUUACAGAGCAGCACAGCAACCUGUCGGCUCCCACUGUACUAAUGCAGGACAACAUCUGAGUAUUUUUGUUACUGCAGUGCAAGUCUCGGGUUGUUAAGCUUCUUUAUAAUAGGCAGUUUAGCUUUACAUUGCUGGCAUGUGUAACAAAACCCCUAUACUCCGAGUAUAUCCAUUGUAAUUCUCCCAAAUCCCAAGUGAAGCCGUGAUUUAUAGCUCUGGUAUACCCAAACAUCAGCCUAGACGUGAUUAAGGGUACAAGAAGACUCUGUUUUUUAAUCUGGCCAGAUAGCCCACUAUUAAACACAACAGGGAUACAGUCGAACACUCCCCCAACAUGCCCAUACAUUAUCUGAGUCAGCAUGACUAAGCAUAAAACCAUAACAUACAUAAAAUAUUAAAAAUACAGAUAAGACAUAUAGGAACCCCCACAAAUAUUAUAUCCCUGGAUCUGAGCGCCCAAGUUGUCCAAAUAGCGCUUAGAUCCCAUGAAUACAGCCGAAUUGAUACUGGGAUAAUUUUUUUUGACCUACCGCACCCGUGGCGUCUGCCCAAAUCAGUUUCAGGGGUAGCGGUCGCUCACUUUCAUGAGUUCCAUACGAACAAACUGUUGAACAGUUCCCCUGGCUUAUAGGUUUGUUCACCUGGUUCGGGAUAACAAACCUAACUAACUGCGCUCUCCUGGCUUGUCACGGAAAGAAGCAAACGUUCGUAUGAUUUUACUGGUGUUGGCGAGGUCAAGUGUCCGACGUAGAGUUCCAGACACUCAACGACCAGGUCCCGCUACCUGCGUACGUGCAACAAGAUGGCAGAGAGAGCACUUCAGUCUGUGCUUUCUUUGUAGUCAAUGAGCCGGUGUUUGGUAGAUUUCUGUUCGGGAACUAUAUAAAACAAACCAGGGAAAUGUCUUUCGAACUGAAAGGAAAAAGUAUUACGUUUGGCACAAGGUAUAUGGUCUAUAGUCGGUGGGCAGGAGGUUAGCUUUCACACUCCUCAAGGAAUUCGUGGCAAACGUCCAGGGUAAGGAGCAUUUGUCACAGCAGGGAUAGUGGUACUGGAGUCUCCAGAGCCCCUACUGACUUCUGUCUGAAAAGGUAACCACGGUUAUUUUCCUAGCGUAUAAUGGCAUUACAAGUGGGAAGAACUUUCUAGUGCUGGCUAAGUAACCCUGUAAAAAUACAAAAAAAUAAAUAGCCCCUGAUACGCACGCCUUAAAUGUGUCCAUUCUCCCUGUACGUUAUGUCUUAGACUUACUCAUGCAAUGUGGAAUGCUUUACAAAAACUGCAUGUUACAUGAGAAAGGACACUGAUCAUAUUUAAAAAAAAAAAAAAAAAAGGGCAGCUCGCCUCUGUAGUGAACAGCAAUCCGUUUCUGUAAACCUCAACAUUUUUAUUUUUUUUUUAAUUUUUUUUUUAAAAGGGUUCAAGGUCCAAACAUUGCCCUGAUGUGAAUUUAAAAUACAUGGUUAGCUGUUCACUGUAGAGGCGUGCUGGGCCAUGUUUCUGCAGUAUGUUACCUACUUCACAAAUUGACUUCUUCUAGUGCAAAGGAAGAUCGCCUAAAAAUAAAAAAAACAUCCUGGCACAAAUGUGUGUGCUUCUUUUUUUAUUUUUAAUUUUAGAAAUAUGUACUUGCAAGUUCUUUUUUAAAGGCACACUCUAGGUCCCAUAAACACUUCAUCCCAUUAAAGUAGUUGGGGUACUAAGAGUCCCCUGGUGUUUCAAACAGUUUACCACUGAAUGAAGGUACCUUAGUACCUGUGGUGCCACCACCUGCUCCUUCAAGGGCUGAAGCAGUUAAGUGAAAGUCAGCCUUGUGAGGAAUCUAACUCCUAGGUAGCUUUGUAACAACUCAGCCUUUUAUGUAAACUGGAAGAUUAGGUGUCUGGAUCUGAAUAUUUGGUCCACGUAAGGUGGGUUUCCAUUAAGAUCUAGUCACAAGCUAUUUUUUUUUAAAUGUUGGUUUACUUAUUCUGUGUGCUGCUUUUUAGUAGCACAUUGUCACAUUCUGUUGAAGUCUUUGAAGACCAUAGCUAUGGACUGUGUAAUCUGAACUUGCUUACUGUCAUUGGAGUGUAACGUUGGCUGCCUCCCUCAUCAGGUAUAAGGACAACCCAUUCAUGCUAGCAGAAGGUGUGUCUGUUCGGUGGGAUUCGGACACUCCCUCGUGGUUAAUAGCAGAUAAAGGUUCAGAGGAUGGUGAAGUGACAAUCUCCAGUAUUCAGCCAGCACGAGACAGGUCAGUCAUAAGCUAUUCAUUUAACGUAACUGCCAAUUCUCUGUGGUUUAUUUGGUUCUAGAGUUUUGAAGAAUCUAGAAGUUCUUCAUAUGAUAUGGUGCAAUGAACAGGAAUAUGCUGUGGAUUUCCAUGGUGAUUGCUCUCUGACUUUGCACUGUAACUCUCCUGAAUGAGUUUAUUCAAGUAAUGAAAUUUCUUCACAAAACAAGCAGUUCUCAGAAGUUCCAAAUAGAUCACUGUUUGAUACCUUUUAUAGUUCUGCAGUAAAGCACUGAUUGUAUUGAAUACCGGUGAAGUAGCUCAGUUGGUAAAUUCCCUGACUACAAAGCCUGUUGUUCACUUGUUCAAAUCCCAGUGCGGCCAACUCCAGCCCUUCAUCAUUCCGAGGUCGAUAAAAUCAUUUCCAUCAAUCGGGUAAUAAUAACAUCUAUUACUAUUCAGCUGCCGAUUUGGUUAAUUCCGAGAGCAUGCGCUGAAAAGUGCUUUAAAUCCCACUGGGAGAAAGGCGCUAUAUAAAUACUAGUUUUUAUUAUUAUUAUUAUAAUUCACUUGUAAAUAUUUGAAGUUCGGUGUUUGCUCUGCCACACUGGCCAGAAAUUGUUAGUAGUGUGUGAAAAUCCCCAUAGCAUGUCCCUUUAACAUUGGGAAAUGGAUAUAUAUAUUAUAGCAUUGUGAAAGGCACCUCCGGAAGCUAGCCCACAAUUAAACUUCACCCAUGUAUUCCUUAUAUUCUGGAUACUCUAGGGAUUGUGCUAGCUAAACAUAUUAAAGAACGCUGUAGUGUCAGAAAUACAAACAUGUAUUCCUGACACUAUAGUGCUGGUGUGGCAGUUUAGGUCCCGAGCCCACCUUCUCUGUGCAGUGAAAGGGUGUUUUUUUUUUUUACUUUCCUUUUCUCCCACUCUGCAUUGGUCUCGCCACGGCUGGCUCUGCCUCCAUGACGGAGAUCAUCAAACCUAAUGAUUUCAGCAAAGCAUUAGGAGGCUAUUUCAGAUGCGUGAAAAAACGCUGUGCCAAUCAGCAUGUUCUGAUAGAGCUGCAUUGAAUCUAUGCAUCACUAUUGGGAAUGUCCAGUGCCUUCAUGCAGAACAUGGAGACUCUAAUCGCCAGUACUGCAGACUGUGCAUCACUGGAUUAGGAAGCACCUCUAGUGGCCGUUUGAGUUAGUCACUAGAGGUGUUACUAGGCACCAAUGUAAAAUGUAAUUUUCUCUGAAAUGGCAGUGUUUACAUUGAAAAGGCUACAGGGACAGACUAUACACCCUGGAACCACUACAUUAAGCUGUAGGGGUUCUGGUGACUAUAGUGUCCCUUUAAGGAAAUUUAUAAAAAAAAAAAAAAAUACCCAAUGCAGACCUUGUUUUCCCCCACAAGUUAACUAAAUGUGGUUUCCUCCUGCCUAACAUGACUUAUCCACUUGGCAAAAAUCAAACUUUUUAUCCCUGUGCUUGCUGUUUUAUGACACAAACUGAUCUUUAAUUUAGGUGGUAAUAUAUUUUCUGAAUACAGGCCUGCAAACCGGAGAAAGCCAGAGAGCACCCCAGGUCCAGAAUCCAAUGAAGCACGGAUGAAAUUUGCCACGGCCAAAGCCAUCUCCUCAGACAUGUUCUUUGGUCGAGAACAGGAUGCUGAGGUCUGCUUUUUUUUCCCCCUCUUCUUUUCUCUGUUCAGAGUUUUCCAUUUUUUAAAUCCAUAAAAUUCAUACAUUUCAUUACUGCAUGGUUCAGAAGAGUGCAGUUCAUUUUAUGGUCUGGAGCUGUAUAUGUUGUAUAGUAACGUUGAAGGGGCAAUUCAUUAAAUGCCAAAAUCAGUUUCUGACAAGGCAUAUUCCCACAUCCAUUUGAUUAGCUGUCAAUAUUUGCAGAUUCUGUAUGUUUGGAAUUUUGACUAUUCAUAAGCAGCUCAAUUGUAACCAUAUUCAGCUUGUUUCCCCAGAUGCAGAACAAGGACAGUGCAUUUAUAACUCUGUGUCAUUUGUCCAUUUCAGAGAGACAUGGCAUUCCAGUACAAAAAAAAAUUUGAAGCAAAAUUUCUAGUUUAGAAUUAUCUAAUCAGAAUUAUGUUAAAAACUACAUGUAAAGUGGAAGCCAGCAUUUUAAAGGAACUCUCUAGUGUUAAGAAUAUAGCUUUGAUUUCCCAACACUAUAGUGUCCAUCUGCCCCUGCGGCUCACCUGGCCAUGUAAAGGGUUAAAAAACACUUACCUGAUUCCAGCGCUGAUCAUGCUCCUCCUGUGAUCCAGGAACAUAAUUCGCAGUGAGCCCAGUACGUGCAUUUAGGCCUUCGCCACAGGAAAGCAUUAAAUAAAUGCUUUUCUAUGGGGCUUUUCCACACACUGGAUGUCCUCAUGCAAAGUGUAAGGACGUACAGCGUUGUUUCGCAAAGUCAAACUCUGUGAAGCUGCAGGAAGCGCCUCUAGUGGCUGUCUAGUUUCACAUUGCAAGAUUAAGAUAACAGGGACACUGCACUCAAAUUACUGCAAUGAGAUGAAAUCGUCUGGGUGCCUAUAAGUGUCCCUUUACUGAUGAUCCAUGUGCCCUCACAAUAAGGGAAUGCACAGGUGCCCAUUCUAACCCCAGCAGAAAUAAAUUUCAUUUAAUCCUAUGUAAAUUGCGUGCAUGACUCCCAUUUAUCAUCCUGUUUGUUUUAUCAUUAGGAGAUCAUGGUUCAGUAAUCUCUUGUUAGAACUGAUAUCAGAAUGGCUAUGUACCCUGCUGUAUGUCAGGUGGCCUGCAGUAGUUAUACAGUAAGUGAUCUCCUUGUGUAAUCUCCACAGUAUGAAGCGAGAUCCCGAUUACAGCAGCUCUCCUCCAGUAACUCCAUCAGUUCUGCAGACCUCUUUGGAGAUUCUAGUUCAUCGGAUGCUGCAGGUUUGUAGAUGAUCCAGCCUUUUCAUCUAUACAGGGUCAUUCACUAAAAUGAGAACUGUCAGACGUUCAAAGUGAAUAUUACAUUUAAAGCUGGAUGGAAAAAUUCUCCUAGUCAGCAAUGCUUCUGAUUCAGCUGCUUUGGAUUGAACCUUAAAAUGGACUUUUAAUUCACGACGAUUCUCACUUUGGGAAUAAUCUGGUUUCAGCUGCUGCUGGUUGUAGAUAUUUUUUCUUUGUUUUCAAAAUUGUAUUCCAGGACAAACCAUAGAGAAACCACAUGUUUUGUGCAUAUGGUAGAUAUUUUUCUGUUGGGUUUUGUUUUUCUUUUUUCAUUUAAGAAACACUCUAGGCCAGUGAUGGCAAACCUAUGGCACAAGUGGCACGCCAGGCCCUCUCUGUGGGCACGCGGCCAUAGGUCGCCGGGAGAGGGGGCCGCUGGCUGUCUGCAGAGUAGGCACCUGCCUACCCAAAAUGGCAGGCGCCUACUCUGCUUCCAGGUCGGGAGGCAGGGGGAGGGCUCUAGGAAGCAGCUCUCCUAUCCUCCUACGAGCAAGCUGUGUGGAGCGUUGCCGCGCGUUACCAUGGCAACGCUCCACACACCAUCACGCGGGAGGAUAGGAGAGCUGCUUCCUACAACACUUACCACCACCAGACCACCAGGGAUGGCUGUGUCCCCCCCCCCCUUAACCAAAGGUAAGAGGAAGGGAUGGGGGAUACAGAAUUAAUAUAACUUUUUUUUUUUUUUUAUGUAUCUUUACCCCUACCCCCCCUACACAGCACUCCACACCCUUACACACAAACACAUACACUGCACCCCCCAAUGCAGUAUGUGUGUACUCAGCAGUCUGUGUGUGUAUUCAACAGUCUGUGUGUGUGCGUGUAUGUGUGUUCAGCUGUGUGUGUGCGUGUAUGUGUGUUCAGCUGUGUGUGUGUGUGUAUGUGUGUUCAGCUGUGUGUGUGUGUGUGUGUGUUCAGCAGAGUGUGUGUGUUCAGCAGAGUGUGUGUGUUCAGCAGAGUGUGUGUGUUCAGAAGUCUGUGUGCACUCAGCAGUGUGUGUGUGUGUGUGUGUGUGUACUCAGCAGUGUGUGUAUUUGUAUUUAGCGGACGGUGUGAAUGUGUUCGGCAGUCUGUGUGUAUGUAUUGCAUUUGUUGGAGAUACUAAUAAAUAUAAGCUUAAUUUUAUCUAUUUAUAUCAUAAUUUAAAAUUUGUAUAAUUGAACUCUCUGUUGUGUUCUUCUUUUAAAACAAAAGUUGUUAAUUAGUUCGGACAACUGUACGAGUAGUUUUUUUCUAAACUUAAACCUCAGUAUACAGGUUUAAUUGCCAUGUUGGCACUUUGAGGGAAAAAAGUUGGCAUGUAUUGCAGUUUGGGCACUCGGGUUCAAAAAGGUUCGCCAUCACUGCUCUAGGCUGUAUAAUCAUUUCUUCUCAUUGAAUUGGUUAUGGUGCCUGGAUUUUCCUGGCGCUGUCUCUCCAUUCAGUGUGAAAUCAUUUUUCAAACUGUUUGACACUGAAUGAGUGUUCCUGGCCGCCCUCAUCCCGGCCCUCUCUGGAUGUAUGGCUAAGGCAGAAGUUAGCUAUAACCGCUAUGGGCUGGCUGUGAUAGGCAGAAAGCAGUCAGCUGACACUCUCGGACAGUCACCACCAUGCGUUGUUGCUCAGAUUAAUGCUUCCUCAUUAGUCUGAACAGGACAGAGGGGGGACUGCUUUUGUGAACUCUCGUUUAACGUUGAACCAUAUAGAAACCGUUUAACAUUGAAUGGAAGGACAGUGAAUGGGGACUCAAGUUUAUUCAAGUAAUGAAAUUUCUUCACAAAACAAGCAAUUCUCAGAAGAAUAGAUGGCUGUUUGAUACCUUUAUAGUUCUGCAGUAAAUCACUGAUUUUAUUGAAUACCGGUGAGGUAGCUCAGUUUGUAAAUUCCCUGACUACAAAGCCUGUUCACAGGUUCAAAUCCCAGUGGGGCCAACUCCAGCCCUUCAUCAUUCCGAGGUCGAUAAAAUCAGUACCAUCAAUCGGGUAAUAAUAUCUAUUACUAUUCAGCUGCCGAUUUGGGAGAAAGGCGCUAUAUAAAUACUAGUUUUUAUUAUUAUUAUAAUUCACUUGUAAAUAUUUGAAGUUCAGUGUUUGCUCUGCCACACUGGCCAGAAAUUGUUAGUAUUGUGUGAAAAUCCCCAUAGCAUGACCCUUUAACAUUGGGAAAUGGAUAUAUAUAUAUAUAUAUAUAUAAAUAUUAUAGCAUUGUGAAUGGCACAACCCUGGAAACUAGCCCACAAUUAAACUUCAGCCAUGUAUUCCUUAUAUUCAGGAUAUACUAGGGAUUGUGCUAGCUAAACAUAUUAAAGAACGCUGUAGUGUCAGAAAUACACAGUACAUAGAGCGUCUCUUUAACCCUUUCAGUGCUAGUGGGCUAAAGUAUACCAUCACCAACACAGCACUGACUUAUUCUAAGAAAUUAGCCUAUCUGUAACACCUCGUCCGUUACAAAUGAUCUGUAUGCUAACAAAGGUACAAGUGUGUAUGAUUAGGGGCCCUUUGACUAACUGACUUAUUAAUUUGUUUACUUGCAGCUGCGGUGUCCUUGGGCAAUGUUCUUCCAUCUGCAGACAUCACCCACUUUAAGCAAGGGGUAAAAACUGUGGCAGGCAAGAUGGCUGUUCUGGCAAAUGGGGUGAUGAACACUUUGCAGGUAAAGAUGAUCAGGCAAACCAGCCUUCACACCUGAUGCAAGUCUCCAACCUGCCAAUAACCGAUCUCCCUUGAUUUUAUGUUUUUCUCCCUUAGGAUCGUUACAGCUCCUAUUAACAUGACCUGGAACUGGCACCUAUAGCUUUUUAUUCCCAUGCAUCAAGUUUUGUUUGGGCCAGAGGCAAAGAAGGUCCGGAAGUGAAAUUAAUCCAUGCAUCUCGAGGAGUUAGGGCUGGCCCUUCUGAGGAAGUGACCAUUUCAGUAUUCCUAAAGCCAUGUGUGCUGCGGGAACCUUUUGAUCCUAUUAACACAUUGCAGUUGCUUCCGCUUCACAGCUGCACCUCUCCUCCCCAGAAUGUUCUGCUGAUCGCCCCUUUACACUGGAGCGGCCAAGGGACGGUGCUUUUAAUUUAAUUUGUGUAUACGUGUGAGAUCUAGUUAUUUGUGAAUCCUAAGCAGGGACUCGUAUUAUGGAAAGUCGGACAGGUGUAGCAUGUACCACUUGUCUGUUUAACCUUGGGGUGUGGGGAAGGGAUAAGAUUUUUGAUUAAGGUGAGGACACCUCAUUUUUAGAAAUUUAAUGACUGUUACCUCUAGGAGGAAGGAAGCCUUCUAUGACUAAGACUUGAGAUUAUGUGCGUCACUGACAUUUCUUAUUUUAGAGCCUUUGAUAUUAUUGACACUGAGGACUUUUAAACGCUGAUUUCUGGACAGGCUUCAAUCAGAUCAGGAUUUCAAUCACUGGCCCAUUUACAGAGACUACAUAGUCACACGCUUUGUGAGAGCGAGUCUGAGGCCGACUGCAUGAGUAUUUAUUUGGUCUCUUGUACAUUGGUACCAUUCUGGGUACCCUACAUUGCCCUUUAAACAUAAAUCACUUUGUUGACACAGUGUUCAGUGAUGACCAGAAAAAAAGCUAUAUAAAAAUAAAAUUACUGAGGCAAUCUGGGUCCUAGUGUUUUGUUUUAUUACAUCCUCACAUCUUUUUGAGUGGACUAGUUCUAAUUGGACUGAUUAUUAAGAAACCUAACCAAUAAAGCGUACAGUAUACGUUAUGGUGCUUAAGAGCUGG